CAUGCCUGAUCCAGCCAAGCCUGCGCCUAAGAAGGGCUCCAAGAAAGCCGUGACAAAGACCGCUGGCAAGGGCGGCAAGAAGCGCAGAAAGACCAGGAAGGAGAGCUACGCCAUCUACGUGUACAAAGUCUUGAAGCAAGUCCAUCCUGACACCGGUAUCUCUUCCAAGGCUAUGGGCAUCAUGAACUCCUUCGUGAACGACAUCUUCGAGCGCAUUGCUGGAGAGGCUUCCCGCUUGGCUCACUACAACAAGCGCUCCACCAUCUCUUCUAGGGAGAUCCAGACCGCAGUGCGUCUGCUUCUUCCCGGUGAGCUGGCCAAGCAUGCCGUGUCCGAGGGAACCAAGGCCGUCACCAAGUAUACCAGCUCCAAGUAAAGCUGGAUGUUGAGCGCGCU